GUGAGGCCGUUUACGCUGGGGCAGUUGAAGGAGCUGUUGAAUCGCACAGGGACUGUAGUGGAGGAAGGUUUCUGGAUUGACAAGAUUAAAUCUCACUGUUACGUCACAUACUCUAGUGCAGAAGAGGCAAUGGCCACUCGUACAGCGCUACAUGGAGUUAAGUGGCCCCAGAGUAACCCUAAGUUCCUCAGUGUUGAUUUCUGCACGCAAGAGGAGUUGGACUUCCACAGCGGUUUGGGUCCAGCAGGCGAAAAGCCAACAGAGGAGCCUCGUGGGGCGGUAGCUGCUGGGCCUGGCCGUGCCGUACCCCCGCCUCUCCUACCAGAGCGUGAUCAGUGGGCAGAACGAGAAAGGGAAAUGGAAAGGAGGGAGAGAACACGUGCAGAAAGGGAAUGGGACAGAGAUAAAGUCAGAGACUUCAGCAAACCUGGAGAGGAGCGGGAAGCUGGGGCCAGAAGAUCGCGAUCACGAGAUCGUGAAAGGCGAUGCAAGGAAAGAGGGAAGAGCAAAGAGAGGAAAACCGAUAAGAAGGAAAAAGGACCAGAGGAUCCACCUGCUAAACUGCUGGAUGACCUCUUCCGCAAAACCAAAGCGGCUCCAUGCAUUUACUGGCUCCCCCUCACUGAGGAGCAGGCAGCACAGAGGGCAGCAGCUCGUGCUGAGCGCAUUGCCGGAGGGGAAGGUGAGAGAGACCGAGACAGAGGUCGAGAAAGGGAGCGAGAGGGGGAUAAACGGAAGGAGGGCUACCGUAGGCCUGGCGUAAACAGUGCAAGCGGGAGCAGGAGGUCACGAAGCCGCAGCGACCCUCCACCCAGAGAACGACGACGCUAAAGGAAGUCUGGAACUGUCCACUUUGUGACCCCUGUUCCUGUAUGUCCUGUAACAGCUCUAUGCCUACCUUCCUGAGGACCAACUCAGACUUUAUAAAAACAUACACAUUCACACACUCUCUGCGUAAAGACACAUGGGUGCAAUCACACACACUGGGACCACAGUGGUGCUGUGUCUCCAUGUAGACUCGUCUCGUUGUCUCUUGAUUGGACUUUAAGACCCCUGGUGUUCAUUUCUCUGCCACAGUGUUAAUGGACUUCCGGUAUAAGUGAGUCGGACUGCAAGACACCCUCCAGGUUUGGUGACCUCUUUCUCCUUCAGUGUAGUCAACACAGAACUGAAAGAGUGAUGCUCUAAAAGGCUUUGGUGUGAUUUAAGUCCUGAUCACUACUUUGCAUUUUCCUCUUGUUUUCCUCACAUUCCUUGUAAGG